AUGGUUGUCUUGAAUCCGAACAACUGGCAUUGGGUAGAUAAAAAUACCUUACCUUGGUCCAAGGACUACUUGAACGGUAAAUUGACGAGUCUAUCCACUGUCUGCUCAGAUGGGAAGAGCAAGAUCGAGUUGACUCAAGUCAGUAGCAUCACCGGUGACUCCAACGUUUCUCAAAGAAAGGGCAAGCCGAUCUGCUACUUCGACCUUCAGUUAUCGAUGAGCGUCAAAGUGACAAACUUAGAUACUGACGAGAACAACGAAGACGAUGACGGCGUACUUGCGGACGGAAAACUGGAGAUUCCAGAGUUCAUGCAUGACGAAUCUGAUUUCCCUAUCCUGUCGCAAGGUUUUGACGCGUUUGAUGGAUUGGUUAGAUCUGAAUUUGUCCCUAAAGUAUUGGAGACGCUACUAAUGUACCAAGACGACUUGAUCAAAGAGCAUUCCAAGGACGUACAAAUCUGA